GUCGUGGAUUGUUGUUUUUCGUCUUAUUUGAGAAAUAAAUAAUAAUCAAUUAUAUCUAUUAAAAAUCACAGAUUAAGAAGAUAUUUUAAAUAAUUUAAUGAGAGUACUUUCAAGACUCUUUAAUAAUUUAGUGAAUUGUAGUGGAAUCAUAUUAAAAUCGAGUGAAAAUCAAUUGAAACAAAACACACGACAUUUGUCAAUCAAUUUCCAAUAUUUUAAUAAAAAUUCAAACAAUUGGGGGUCAAAGAAAUCACAUCGAAGUAUAAAAAUCCAACAAUUGUUAUUGCAAGAAAUGGCUGAUCCAAAAACCGAAGAGAUUUUAGCUCCAUUAAGAGCAGUCGUUAAAGAACAAGGAGAUUUGGUACGUAAACUUAAAGAUGAAGGCGCACCAGAAAUUGAUGUCAAAAAGGCAAUUGCUGAGCUUAAAAUUCGCAAGAAGAUCCUUGAAGAUAAGGAACUAAGUUUGGCACCUCAAGUCUCCAGCUUUGAUCGUGCAAAAAUGGAAGAUUUAUUAAAAAGAAGAUUCUUCUAUGAUCAAAGUUUUGCAAUUUAUGGAGGUAUUACUGGACAAUACGAUUUUGGACCAAUGGGAACUAUGCUUAAAGCUAAUAUGCUAAAUGCCUGGAGACAAUUUUUCGUACUCGAGGAGCAAAUGUUGGAAGUUGAUUGCUCAAUACUCACACCAGAGCCUGUUCUUAAAGCUAGUGGACAUGUCGAUAGAUUCGCUGAUUUGAUGGUAAAAGACGUAAAAACUGGAGAAUGUUUUAGACUGGAUCAUUUAAUUAAAGCUCAUUUAGAGAAACAAGCUUCCGAUAAGAAGGCUACGAAAGAGUUUAAGGAUGAAUGUGCUGAUAUUGCCGUAAAACUUGAUGGAAUGAAUAAGGCUGAAAUGGCUGCAAUUCUCGUGAAAUACAAUAUGAAGUCACCAAUUACACAAAACGAUCUUACAGAGCCAAUUGAAUUUAAUUUAAUGUUUGGAACUAGCAUUGGACCAACAGGAUUGGUAAAAGGAUUUUUACGACCAGAAACAGCACAGGGAAUUUUCGUGAAUUUCAAGAGACUACUGGAAUUUAAUCAAGGAAAAUUGCCAUUUGCAGCCGCACAAAUCGGAAAUUCGUUUAGAAAUGAAAUUUCACCACGUUCUGGAUUAAUUAGAGUCCGUGAAUUCACAAUGGCUGAAAUUGAGCAUUUUUGUGAUCCAAACCAGAAAGAUCAUCCUAAGUUCGUUGAUAUUGCUGAUUAUGAAAUGACAUUAUAUUCAGCAUGUAAUCAAAUGGAUGGAAAGAGUGCAUCAAGAAUUAAAAUUGGAGAUGCUGUUAAAACUGGACUUGUUGCUAAUGAAACGCUCGGUUACUUUAUGGCUAGAAUUGCAAUGUUUAUGAUUAAAGUCGGUAUUGUUCCAUCACGCUUGAGAUUCAGGCAGCAUAUGUCACAAGAAAUGGCUCAUUAUGCUUGCGAUUGCUGGGACGCAGAGUGUUUAACAUCAUAUGGCUGGAUUGAAUGUGUUGGAUGCGCUGAUCGUUCUGCUUAUGAUUUAACUCAACACACUAAUGCUACUGGCGUCAGACUUGCAGCUGAAAAGAAAUUACCGGAACCAAAAACGGUUGAAGUAACUGAAGCAGUUCCUAACAAGCAAAUUAUUGGAAAGGCAUUCAAGAAGGAUGCAAAAGAAAUUACAGAAUUACUCGCUAAAAUGUCACUUGAUGGAUUAAAGAAAAUGGACGAAGAAUUAACAGCUAAUAAUACAUACAAUUUAAGCAAUUUUACAUUGAAUCGCGAGAUGGUUAGCAUUAAAACAAGUUCCAAGACCGUGCAUGUUGAGGAAAUAAUUCCAUCAGUAAUUGAACCUUCUUUUGGAAUCGGAAGAAUUAUGUACUCGCUGCUUGAACAUCGUUUCCAAAUGAGAGAUGGUGAUGAACAGCGGUGCUUCUUCUCAUUACCACCAAUUGUUGCUCCACUAAAAUGUUCAGUUCUUCCAUUAAGCAAUAACGCCGAGUUUGCUCCAUUUAUCAAGAAAAUUUCUACUGCAUUGACAAAAGUUGAUGUUUCACACAAGGUUGACGACUCUAGUGGAUCUAUUGGACGUCGAUACGCACGUACUGAUGAAAUCGCAAUUCCUUAUGGAAUAACAAUUGAUUUUGAUACAAUCAAGGAACCGUACUCUGUAACUUUACGUGAACGUGACUCAAUGAAUCAAGUGAGAAUUCCGCUAGAAGAAGUUGCGGACGUUGUUAGAAAUUUGGCAUUCAGUAAAACUGAAUGGUCCGAAGUUGAAGCAAAGUAUCCUAAAUUUGAGCAACAAGAAUCUAAAACAGCAUAAAGUACUUGAAACUAGCAAUUUAACAUGGAAUAUGAAAUAUCACGAAGGGCAUUUAUUGAUUUCCUUAUAGCUUUUUUUAUGCGUAAAACAUUUAAAAGUGAAAUAAAACUUUUGCAAACUGCAAUUAUUUAAAAAUAAAAAGAAGAGCUUAAUGGCUUAAACGACGGGUUAAAUCAUGGACUUGCCGACGAAGUUCCUGAUUUUCAGCUUGUAAUUCGUUGACUAAAUUAAUUUUAAAAUCAUCGUUUAAUAAAAUGGCCAUAGACUGCUCAAUCAUAUCAAUACGAGUUUGUAGAUUUCUUCUCUGCUCGCCAACAUGCCACAUCAUUUCUAUGUGUCGCAUGUUUUGGUCCAUAUUCAAUAUUCCGACUUCAAUACGAAUCUUCUCAGCUAAAGCAUCAAAUUCUUUUCGAAAAUCAAAUCCGUUUGAAGUUUUCAGUUCCUCAGUUUUUGAAAGUAUUUCUGGAGUUUGAACAGCACUUUUGUAUGAUUCAUUGCCAUCAAUUUCUAUAACUUCAACCUUUUUGACUGCAGCCUUAGCAAGUGGAGUGUCUGGCAAUAUAAUUGUUGGUGUGCUAGAAAAUCUUGGGGCAUUGCUGGAUGUAGAUGGAGAUUUUUGGACAUAAAGAUUCAUACUUUUUGCAUCGUUUUCUUUAUCGUUCGUUUGUUCUUCAUUAAUCUCUUCCAUUCGAAUCACUUCUAAUGAUUUUCCACCUGUUCGACGUCUAGUUUUAUUUACACGACUAUCAUCAAGGCUAUUAAUUGGUGAUUGUGAUGGACUAGCGAAAUCAUUUAAUGCUUCUUGCAUGUUUCUUCCAUAAACAUCAGAAAUACGAGAUUCUGUACUUGCUCUACGUGAUGCUGUACUUACUCUUGUGCCAUGCAUUGCACUUGAAGAAAAGUCUGAAAUUCUUCCACGUUGGAAACCGACUAUGUCCUCUAUAAAGCUAUCAUUUGAUUCACCAACCUCAUUUCCAUCAAUUUCCUCUUCAAUCCUUAAAAGUGAUUGACGUACAGUCUUUGAAAAAUCUAAUAAUGUACUGUCAUCAUCAGAAAGAAAGGCAACUCGAGAAAUUUUAUUAUUUGAAUCCUCAAUUCGAGCACUAGCAAGUGGUUUCUUAAUAUUUCUUAAAUCAUAACUCAUUAGUUCCCCUUUCAUAUUUCCACCGACAAAAUAAGCUCCACAUUUUGAGAGUGAGAUACUUGUCCAUCCAUAAUUAGCAUGAAUUUCAAGACCUGGAGAUUUCUUACGCAAAUCAAAGAUUUUAACAAUACCAUCGUAGCCUGAUGACAAUAUGAAGUCCUCAGACAUAGCAAUAUCUGAGCAAGGAGCAGAAUGUCCAUCAUUUUUGAAUAUUGCUUUCUUGGCAUGAACAUCCAGUAAAUAAACUUUGCCGCUGUAUGAAGCAACUCCUAAAUGUGAUCGUUUUUGUGGAUGAAAUCUAGCUAAUGUACUUUGAUUAUCUAAUGUGAAUGAAUGUAAUUUGAUUGAUGUUUGCAUUCCAAACACAUUAAUUAGCCCAUCUUCAUAGACACUAGCUAAAAAUUCAUCACUUGAAUUGAAAUCCAGAAAGAAGACAUUUGAUGCAUUUGGUGGUGCUGAGAAUUCCUUAAUUACACUACUAUUCUUUAAAUCUCUAACCUUAAUCUGACCAUUGGAAUAACCAUUAGCGUAACAUAAUCCCGAGCCUUUUUUCUUGCAUGCUCCAACCGCUGUAAGAUUAUCCAAUUUGUUCUUAACACAUAACUGGAUCGAUUCU